CAAGUUUAAGAAAAAUCAUCAUGUCGAAUCUGAUACAAGUUGACAACCAAUUGAAAUUGAAAGCAAAUAUCGAUAUUAUAGUAACAGAAAUAGGCAAGAAGAAGUCCAUCAGGAAGAGAUACCCUCUGAGAGGAUUUUAUGGAAACGACACCCUUUUGAUAUAUGGAUCUUCCGAUUACGUUUUGGAAACGGACAUCGAAGAUAUGAAGAAAAUGUUUCCAAAACUGCAAGUCGUUCAUAUGAAAGAAUGCAGUCAUUGGAUUCAUAUGGACAAACCGGACGAACUGAUGCAAAUUAUCGUGCAACAUCUCUCGAAGAAUUGUUCUUCCUAGACAAUGCAUGCUGUAAUUUUUGAUACAUUGUAAAAGUAUAGAAAACUUUGUUACAUAGUAUGUACUUAAGAGAAUUUUGUUCUGCGUGCUCAUUACUUGGUUUUGUAAAGGG